AUGGAGUAUCAGAAGGUGUUGGGGGACAAACAUUUAGUGGUUGGGAUUAAGGAUAAGAGUAGAAGGAGGUGGUUGAAUACUGUUUGGGAUGGUGAGGGGAUUCCAGAGAAGGGAGGCGGGAAAUUCAAACCGGUGGCGAGUGGGUUCGAUGGGGAUGGCCGGUUUGAUCAAACCGGAACCGGGAUUUCAAAUGGAGGUGUUUAUAAAACAGGGGAAAAUGAACCGGAGUCGGUUUUAGGAAAAGAAGAUGAAGAAGAGGAAACAAAACUAUGGGAAAAUAUGGUGGAAGAAGCUUCUAGAAUGGAAGUGGAUUUAGAUCGAGAAGCAAUGAAACGAUUCGUUUCACCGAUUUCUGCUAUGAUUGAAUCUGAUGAUUAUGCUGAGUAUUUGAGAACAGAACUUGUUUAUCAAACCGCUUUGUCUCAAGAACCAAACAAUGGUCUUUUACUUGCUAACUAUGCUCAGUUUCUUUACAUCGUUGCACAUGAAUUUGAAAGGGCAGAGGAAUACUUCAAAAAAGCUAUAGAAGUGGAGCCACCGGAUGCUGAGUCGUUUAACAAAUACGCAAUGUUUUUAUGGAAAGUGAAAAACGAUUUGUGGGCUGCUGAGGAGACAUAUUUGGAGGCUAUUUCAGCUGAACCUAGUAACACUUACUAUGCUGCAAAUUAUGCUCAUUUUCUAUGGAAUACUGGUGGAGAGGAUACGUGUUUUCCUCUUGAUAAUUCUCAAGAAGUUUAAGUUAAAAUGAGAUGAAAGUUGGAGGGAAAUAUAUUUAGAGAAAAGAGAAAAAGAAAAAUGAAAAAAUUUUGUAGCUUAUAUCGAACUUUUUUCAAUCUUUUGAUUUUUUUUUUAUGGGGUGGAUAGGUUGGGGUGAAGAUCAGUGAAAGAGAGGGAAUAAUCUUGGGAUAUUUGUACAAUUGUAAUUAUAUAACUGUACAUAACUCUUACAAUGGAUCUUUUAAUUUAAUUUAUAGUACAUGUUAAUCUUUGAUCAA